CCCUGGCAACGCUGCCUCAAACCAGCUGUUUUACCGGCCCGUUUUUUGUUUUUUUUUUUUGCCCACUGUUUUCAUAACGCGCUUUCGAUUAAAAUUAAAAAUCGCUUAAAUUGAUUGAAUUACGUUUGCAGUUGAGUUGGAAACCAUGUGGACAAAGACGCACUGCCUCUGGCGCAGUGCGGGUCGCCUGGGCCGCCAGCUGUGCACCACGAGCGCUUCGCAGGCGCGUAUCUUUGUGGACCGCGAAAAUCAGUUCGCCCACGGCGUCCUGAUGGACUCCCCGAAACCCUACCAGAUCCUGCGGCCUACCAGUGACUCCCGCUGGCGGGAUCUGCCCGCCACCGAGGGCUUCAUGCGGCCACAGUGCGACGCCACACCAGCCGAACUGUAUGCGGACUUCCAGAGCCUGGUGGGGCACUGCAUCCGGCUGGACCUGCAGAUCAGCGAUGCCCGGUACGAUGCCUUUGCCCGCUGCUACUGCGAGCAACUGCAUCGCCUCGCGGACGACCAACUGCUGGGCUCGCUGGGCGCCCUGGCCGUGCUGCCCACGCCGGAAUCGCCCAAAACGCGCAACUACAUGGAGCUGUGGAACACCAUGGACAUCGAGUGCUGUCGCCGCAUCGAGCGUUGGUCCAGCGAACAGCUGCUGCUCGUCAGCGACGCCUGGUACCGCCUGGGUUUGGUCCGGAUCGGUGAGUUCGUGUGGCUGGCCCUCAAGAAGCUGGGCCGCCGGCUGCGCAAGCUGCCGCCGGAGCAGCUGGUGCACUCCAUGUUCCUGUGCAAUCUGCUGCGUCGACCCGUCUUCGAGAUGUUCGACUUCGAGCUGAAUCUGGCCCGCUGCGUGGACCAGAUGACGAUCGGCGAACUGGGCGUCAUGGCCAUGGGCUUCUUCAAGACCCAGACGCCCAUCAGGAGUCCAGAGCUGCUGGCGCAGCUCUACAAGCGGCUGGCCAACGAACUGGAUACCGUGGAGGACAUUGCCCUGGUGGCGCUGCUCAAGGUGCUGCGCUACAGCAGCAAGCUGCCCCAAGUGGAGCCGCUCAAUGGGCUGCUCAGCGAUCUGGAGUCGCAGGUGGAGCGCGUCUCGCUGCUCACCUGCCUGCACAUGGCGCUCCUGGGCUGCGAACUGCAGACGUGCAACGAUGCGCUGGUGGAACGCAUCCUCCUUAGAUUCGAGCGGGAACUGGAUACGGCCCGCCUGAAGGAUAUGGAGCGCAUCUGCCUGGUGAUGGCCCUUUUCAAUUUGACCACCGCAUCGGGAGUGGAGCAUCGCGUGGCGCGGAGACUGCCCGAUUUGCUGCGCCAGCGGAUGGAGGAGAUUCUGCGGCAUCCCCGUUGCUUCACCAACUGUCUGCAGUUUCUCACCAUGCGCGGCGUCUGCGACCUGGAGCUGCUGGGCGUAGCACUGGAGCCGCGUUUCGUACAGCACACCUACCGCAGCGGUCUGCCGGGGCGGGAGUACUUCCACCUGGACGGGUUCGCUCGUCUCCUGGGCGCCGAGCAGUACCAGGGGCCGUUGCUUAGCGCGCGGCAGCGCCAGCAGAUGGGCCGCCUCUACACGCAGUACAUACCGGAGCGGGACGGGCGCUUCAAGUUGAACGGCACCGAUCGCAUCCUGGUGGAAAUAAAGGAUGCCAUCUCUCUGCUCCACCGCCCGGUCAGCUUCAAGCACAUCCUGCCGCAAUACGAUCGGUGCGAUGUGGUGCUCUGCUACGACCAUCGGCAGAGGAAAGCCCUGGCCUUGGACGCGGAGGCCUGCCCGGACUACAAUGGCGAGAUUCUCAGCCGCAGGCAGCUGCUGGGCGAGAGCAGGGCGGCGGAUGACCAAGUGGCCACGGUGGUCAUCGUUGUCGCCGGCUGGAACAACGUGAUCCGCGAAAAGGAUCGGUUCACGGGACAAAUGGAGAUGAAGCUAAGGCAACUCCGCCAGUUGGGACAUCUGCCGUUGGUGAUCUAUUGGCACGAAUGGCGUGAGCUGGAGACAUCUGCGGACCGGCAGGACUUCCUCAGACGUCGCCUUAGCCAAGUGGCCAAGAUUUAGGACAUCAGCAGCAUCCAACGAAAACUUGGCAGGAAAAUGAAGAGCAACAG